AUGUGCAUCGACCCUACUGAGGCGUUAAAUAAGCAGUGGAUAGAAUGGGCCCAAAAAUCCAAAAUAAAAAAGGAAGAUGAGGAAAACUACGAACAAAUAGCUAAGGGGAAGCGAAACGUUUUCGUCUUAAAGCAGAAGCGAAGAAUGCCAUCAUCACGUUAA